AUGACACCUUACUGUUAUUUUUAUUCUGUAUCAUCCUCAAUAUUUUUAACAAAUCAUAUACGUUCGUUUUGCAUCAGUUUUUUAUCACUUUCAAUUCUAUUUACAUUUAUUAAUUUUUUAACAACGACCACAUCAAUCAAUAAAUUGACCGCACACGAAUAUACAGCGGAUCAGAAUUCAACAACAACACAUACUUUUCCAAUUCUAUUAUUGAGUUUCGACGAUAUUUAUCAUAAUCGGCUUAAUUGUUAUGAACGCAUUAACCAUCGACGAUUAACUAGAAAAAAGAAUAAUUAUCAUAAUAAAACUUCCCUAUAUCCAAUUCAACUUGAUCAACCGAAUAAAACAACAAUUAAACCGAAUGUAAUUCCUUAUGACUAUGAUGCAUGGCGAUCCGCUCCAUUAAUGCCACGACUUGUUACUAAAUGUGAACAUAAUUUAAUGAUGCAAUUGUUAAAACGUUUCGAUGAAUUAGCAAAAAAAUAUUCACUUGAAUAUAUGAUGAUCGAUGGAACAUUAUUAGGAUCUUGGCGUCAUCAUGAUCUAAUUCCAUGGGAUGAUGAUAUUGAUUUAUUAAUGUCUGUUCGACUGAAGCAUCAGCUAAAGAAAGCUAUUAAAUUUGAAUCACCAUCAUCACCCUAUUAUGUUGAAUUUCAUCGUCGUUGGGAUUCACCCAAAGAAUUUGAAUAUUAUAAAUUUUAUUUCUCGACAUCUCCACGUUAUAGUGAAUAUCCCUGGCGUUAUCCAUUUGUCGAUUUGAUUUUUUAUCAUGAAAAUGAAACACACAUAUGGCAAGAAAAUAUGCAACAUAUUUCAGCAGUUUCAAAGCAAAGUAUUUUUCCACUAACACUUCGACCACUUGGAUCAUUAUGGUUACCAGCACCUAAAUCUCCACAUGAUUAUUUUAUUAGUGUUAGUUGGAUAACGUAUGACUAUGAAUGUUUUAAUGGUCCUUGGUCACAUAAAUAUGAAAGAGUUAAAGAGGCAGAUUAUAGCAAUGAAUUAAAAUCAACAAUAAAUUGUAAAGAAUUAAAAGAAUUUUAUCCCUUUGUUCAACGAUCAUUGACUCAGAAAGAAGAACGAUUAAUUAUCAAUGGUACAGUGAAACAUAUCAUUAGAAUGAUAAAUGACAAAAACGUAUAA